UGACACCCUGUUGGCGCUACACUGACACUUCUCACUCUCUCUGUAAUGAACAUGAUGGAGGCUGCAUACUUGUAUCAAUAACAUGAAUAAAGCAACAUGUUGGAAUGAAACAAAUACACUCCUGCAUGGCACUGCACGCCUCCCUCCUCUUGUCUCUUUACCUCAAUGAAUGAUUCCCAGAGGCGGCCAUUGGCCAAUUGUUUCCAGGGGCCUGCAGAAGAUGAAGGGAUGAGAUUGGUGUAACUUUUGCAUGACCCCCUCCUUGACAAAGACAGUCGCCAUCAAUUGUCCUCGCUCAUUAUAUCCCCCUGCUUUUAAACCAGAGGGGCUUCGUUUUUGUUGCGCAGAUGCCAGGACGUAGAGCACGCAUGAAAAAUGUGAUUUUACUUAAAAUGUUUGUUAUUUAAAGCAUAUUUGUAUUAUUUUAUCUUAUUUUUUAGCAUGUGCAGCAAGGUAUAAAGUGUUUUUGUUCUCUCGGGGGGUGGAACUUUGUUUUCCUAACCUGCAAACAGAUGUUUGAGGGUUUAUUUUUCCGCCAUGAGUGCAAUUAGGGCAUAUUUGGAGUGGGUGAAAUUGCUCUUAGUUGUAUGUUUACCCGUGUGAGGAGCAGCGUCACCUCCAUUGGCCGACACAGUCACAUGGUCCGCUAACUUUAUUCAGUUGACACCAAAGUAGGAGGGCUUUAUGGAGGGAGGAAAAAAGACAACUCGAGAAAAAUUAGUAUUUUCUACCUUCACAAAUUAAUGGCCAUGAGUUCGUAUAUGGUGAACUCCAAGUAUGUGGAUCCAAAAUUUCCUCCCUGCGAGGAAUAUUCGCAGAAUAACUACAUACCUGAGCAGGGUUCGGACUACUUCAGCCCAUCGCAGGACACUGACUUUCAGCACCCGGGGAUCUACCCACGCUCAAACUACACGGAGCAAGCUUUCGGCUGCAACGCCGUGCAGGAGUCCCCGGUGCAGCCACGGGGUCACGUCCACGACAGAGCCGGCCAGCCGAGCCCCUUUGGCGCACAGACAGAGCAAGCGCAGCCGGUCCAUGUGGCCGGAGCCCGGACGUGUGGACAGCAGAACACAAAGAGCCCGAAUGGGAUGCAAGGCAAGCAGCCCGCGGUAGUUUACCCAUGGAUGAAGAAAGUGCACGUCACUACGGUCAACCCGGAUUACACGGGUUCCGAGCCUAAACGCUCCAGAACAGCCUACACCCGGCAGCAGGUUCUGGAGCUGGAGAAGGAGUUCCACUUCAAUCGCUACCUGACCAGGAGGCGCCGAAUCGAGAUCGCCCACACGCUUUGUCUCUCCGAGAGGCAGAUUAAAAUCUGGUUCCAGAACAGGAGGAUGAAGUGGAAGAAGGACCACAAACUGCCGAACACUAAAGGAAGGUCGGUACCGACCCCGGGCCACCUGCAAAGCCUCCACAAGGACAACCAGACUGACAUCACGUCCUUGUAAAGACCAAGACACGAGCAGAGAAGUCGCAUCUGACUUUUGCAUGGACUGAAGUCGUUUUUAGACAUUUUUUUAUUUAAUGAAAAUAAAAUCAGUGUUGACUUGAGGCUGGGAUAGAAAACAUACAAAUCAAUCAGUAUUUUCACGGAGGUGUUCGAGUUUCUUUUAUGGUUCGCUUACUGCAAAGACGCACCAUAAAAUAUUACAACCAAACUUUUUUUUCUUUUUGGGGGAA